GCAGAGCCGUUUCAUCUGGUGCAGAAGAGCCUCAAAAUUGCAGUCCUUUCUUUAAAAAAGUGUGGGAAUUCGGGGCUGGAAAAAUUGAGCCGAGUCAUCCCAUUUGGCUGCCACCCCAAGAACAACAGCCCCUCCCUCCAACUCGCUCCCGACCAGCGCUCCAGACACAAGCGCAUCACCUCACCACGUGUCAGCCAGCCGCAGUUCCAUGGACCGAACACAGAGAAGAAUCCUGGGCCAGCCCCUUUCUAUCCCCAUCACCCAGCCCAAGAAGAAAAGGACAUCGAUGAUGUUUCUCUUUUCCAAGGUCUCUUGGAAACUGAGGUUUCAGAAGCGGGAGCCUCUGAAGAAUGUGUUUUUCAUCUUGGCAGAAAGAGCCCGGGACCCCAGUGCUAAAAAGCGUCACAUGGCAAUGAGAGGCCUGGGAACCAUAGCUUGUGAGACCCCGGACAAGGUGAGAAAGUAUAAGAGAAUUGUCCUGGACCUGCUGGUGCAUGGACUGUAUGACCCCGUGAGUUCUGAAGUCAUCCACGAGAGUAUGAAGACUCUGACCACCAUCCUGGGAAAGAGCCAGGGGAAAGGUUUGGGCUCCUUCUUCAUAGACAUCACUCUUCAAACCAGGACUCUAUUAGAUGAUGAGAGCGACAGCCUGAGAUACUCGGCCUUUGUUUUGUUCGGGCAAUUGGCUGCCUUUGCUGGGCGAAAAUGGAAGAAGUUUUUCACCAGUCAGGUUAAGCAGACUCAAGAUUCCCUCCUGAUCCAUUUACAGGAUAGAAAUCCCCAGGUCGCCAAGGUAAAUCCAUGA